UACAGACAGCUUAUGUAUAAUUACGAGUGAAGAGCAAAUUUAAUUUACUAGUUUAGUGUUUCUUUUGUUUUGGUCUACGUUGAUGUUGUUUGAAUCUUCUUAGCAAACAAAUAAGUCAAGUCGCCGAAAUUAUUUGACUCUGUAAAAAGAGACUCCGUCAUCAUCAAGUCCUCCCAUUUCUUCCCCAACUUUUUCUUGAAUACUGCAAUCUCACCAUUGCACAAUAGAUCAUCAAAAGUUAGAAACAUGUGGACAUCCGUGGUUUCUUCCAUUUCCAUGUUUGUGUUCCUGGCGUUGAUCAUCCCUGCAACAGUCUCACUCAACUUCAACAUGUCUCCCAUCAGUAGAUCAGACGGCGGCAGCUUCAACUUCACGGGCGACGCUUACAUCACCGAAGACGGCAUCCAAGUCACAACCAACGAGCGCGACCCAGCGCGGACGGAGAGAGCCGGGCGAGCCACCUACCUUGAGCCGCUGCACUUGUGGGACAAGGCUUCACAGAAGCUGGCUGACUUUUCCACUCAUUUCUCCAUCGUCAUAAACUCCUACGGCAGCGACAAUUUCGGCGACGGCCUCGCCUUUUUCUUGGCCCCACAAGGCUCCUCCAUCAAAUCAUGGUCAUACGGCGGCAGCCUCGGCCUCGGCAACGGCUCCUCACCGGUGGAUUCGUCUUCCUUGGAGAUAUUCGUUGCUGUAGAGUUCGAUACCUUUCCCAAUCGUGGCAUCGAUCCACCUUAUGAUGGCGGCCGCGUCGUGCCGCAUGUGGGCAUCGAUCUCAACAGCAUCACCUCCGUAGCAACCACCACAUGGUACAACAAUAUUUCUGCAGGCUGGGAAAACGAUGCUUGGGUUACUUACAAUUCUACUACCAAGAUCUUGAGGGUCGAUUUCACUGGUAACUCCGGCGGAAUAUUCCGACAACACAACCUCAGCUACGAGGUUGAUCUUAGAACUUACCUGCCUGAAUAUGUUACUGUCGGAUUUGCAGCUGCCACUGGAGCCUCAUUUGAGAAAAACAAUGUUAAAUCUUGGAAUUUUUCGUCCACUGAUUUGAGCCCUAAUAUAGCAGGAAAGGAGUCCAACAGUAAAAGAGCACUCAUUUUUGGAUUGAGUGGUGCUUCCAUAUCACUACUCAUUCUUGCAUCAGCUUCCGUAUUCUGUUUCUUAUCAAGGAAGAGGAACAAGAUGGAGAAGGAGAAGCGGUACGAGGGAUUAGAGGAAGAUCAGCUGUCCGAUUCCGCUAUGGAUGAUGAAUUCGAAAAGGGAAACGGACCUAAAAGGUUUUCCUACAAUGAAUUGGUUGUUGCAACCAACGAUUUCGCAGCGGAGCAUAAGCUUGGAGAAGGGGGUUUCGGCAGCGUCUACAAAGGCUUCCUGAAAGCGACAAACACCUUCAUUGCAGUGAAGAAGGUGGCAGAGGGAUCCAAACAAGGCCGAAAAGAAUACGAGGCGGAAGUCAAAAUCAUCAGCCAGUUGAGGCACAUGAACUUGGUGGAGCUCAUCGGGUGGUGCCAUCGAAGAGCAGAGCUUCUACUAGUCUACGAGUUCAUGCCUAAUGGGAGCUUAGAUUCCCACAUCUUCAAACUAAAUUCAUUGCUGACAUGGGAAAUGCGAUACAGAAUUGCACAGGGGCUAGCUUCAGCUGUGCUGUAUUUGCACCAAGGGUUGAGACAGUAUGUAGUGCAUAGGGAUAUAAAAUCGAGCAAUGUGAUGCUCGACAACAACUUCAACGCUAAGCUGGGUGACUUCGGAUUGGCCCGGCUGGUUGAUCAUGAUAAAGAUCUGCAUUCCACCGUGGCUGCAGGGACCAUAGGUUACAUGGCUCCUGAGUAUGUUGCGGAGUGGCGGGCGAGCAAGGAGACUGACAUGUACAGCUUGGGCAUUGUUUUACUGGAGAUUGCUUGUGGAAGAAGACCUAUUGAUCAUAGGUAUCCCCAAGGCCAGAUUGUGUUAGUGGAGUGGGUGUGGAAGCUCUACGGAGGUGGGCAGUUGCUGGAUGCAGCUGAUCCCAAACUGGACUCAUCAGAAUAUGAGGUAAGCAAGAUAGAGCGUUUGAUGGUUGUGGGGCUGUGGUGCGUUCAUCCAGAUAGCGCCCAGCGCCCCUCAAUAGGCCAAGUUGUGCAACUUCUCACAUCCGAAGAUCGCCUGCCCGACCUCCCUCUCGCAAUGCCCAAGGCUGUCUAUAAAAUUUAG